ACCGCCGGCCGGACCGGUCGAGCUACAGGGUAGACAAGGCUUUGUAGUAGUACUAUUGUAUCGUCACCCCGGCCGUACGUGUUGCUUGCUCCCAUACACUUCUUCCUCCUAGCUACAUACAAUUAUUCCCUCCGGUCCGGGGGCUCCGGCAGCGGCAGCGCCAAGCUAUAUAUAUUUCCUUCCUGCCCACCUCCCAAUCCCAACCUCGUUCAGACAUACUCAAUUCUUCGAGAUCCAUAGAGAUCUCUCAUCCAAACCCAUAGUACACAUCGCAAUUCACAAUACAAAUUGUAGAUAGAGUCGAGCUGAGCUGAGCAGGGGAAGGUUUCAAAGAGAAGAUAGUUCACAGAUAGAGAUAAUAAGCAUUUCCAUGGGGCUGAGAGACAUCGAGAUGACGCUUCCGCCAGGGUUCCGGUUCUACCCGAGCGACGAGGAGCUGGUGUGCCACUACCUGCAGAGCAAGGUGGCGAACCAGCACUUCGCCGGCUGCGGAGGAGCCGCCGGGACCAUGGUGGAGGUGGAUCUGCACGUCCACGAGCCAUGGGAGCUGCCAGAUGUAGCAAAGCUGAGCGCAAACGAGUGGUACUUCUUCAGCUUCCGCGACCGCAAGUACGCGACAGGGCUGCGCACGAACCGCGCCACCAGGUCCGGCUACUGGAAGGCCACAGGCAAGGACCGCGUCAUCCGGAGCCCAAGGUCGUCGUCAUCUCGCUCCGGCCGGGCCACCAUCGUCGGCAUGCGCAAGACCCUCGUGUUCUACCGCGGCCGUGCCCCCAACGGCACCAAGACCUGCUGGGUCAUGCACGAGUUCCGCAUCGAGAACCCUCAUUCCCCUCCCAAGGAGGACUGGGUGUUGUGCAGAGUUUUCCACAAGAAGAAAGCCGAAACGGACUACGCCAUGGACGGCAAGGCGGACCUCGGCAGCGGUGCCGUGAGCGGAUCCAACUACCUAAGCUCCUCGUCCUGCCACGAUCCGGAACAGUAUCACCAGUCGCCUAUGGCGCCGUUCCCUUCCAUCGGCGCGGGCGGCCACAAUUACCAGCUCCUGCCAUGUGAUCAUCAGCACCCACACGGCGCAGCAGGCGUCUCGGUCAGCGAUGUCGACCCCUUUGCCGUCAUGCCACAACUGCUGAGCUACGACAGUAUCCUCGACUUCAGCCAGCAACUCCAUGGCGGCCGCAGUGCAGCGGCGUGUUUGAGAGACGGUGCCGAUGAUCAGCUGCAGGUGCAGGAGGAGCACUACAAGUACAACAGCUUGAUGUAGAUGUGUGUAUAUGAUAUAGAUUGGUUGGUGCUGCAUGCCGCUAUAUUGCUCGGACAUAUACACAGUAAUGCUACAUGUACAAACAUGUUACAUGGUUUUACAGAAUGGGUUAAUUUGAUUGGUCAAUUGGUGAGGGAGACGGCCCAACCCUGAAAAUCAGGUGGGCAAAGUUUGUGAUUGAUUAUUAGAU